AUGACCGGGAGUGAUAAAAGAAAGCUGCUAGUAGUGGGGAAAAGCUUAAAACCUCGAUGUUUUAAAAAUAUGUCUAUAAAUAAAAUGCCAGUGCAUUACCACGCGAAUAAAAAUGCAUGGAUGACUUCAACCAUAUUUUCAAACUGGCUAUGUGAAUGGGAUAAAGAAUUGCAAACAAAAUCUAGGUCCAUACUUCUUCUUAUUGAUAACUGUGCUGCACAUCCAAAAAACGUUCAACUCAAAAACAUCACUUUAGAAUUUUUGCCACCAAAUACGACAUCCUUAAUACAACCAUUAGAUAUGGGUAUUAUCAAAAACCUCAAGGUGAGAUAUAGAACGAAACUAGUUCAUUUUAUUCUAGAAAAGAUAGAGGAAAACCUAUUUGAACCAUCUGCAACUGCUAAUCAAAUAAGUGGCAAAAUAAACAUAUUGCAAGCGAUACAGUUUGUAUCCGAGAGUUGGCGAGAAGUUAGCUGCUCAACUAUUAUGAAUUGUUUCGCUCAUUGUGGAUUUUCUAAUUUUAUUGGUCCACAACCUGAGUUGACUGAGUUGGAUGAACAAUUUUUGUUUGUUCAAAACCAUAACGAAUUUGGAAACAUUGAUGAAAAUGCUCCUUGUUUUGAUGAUAAUGAAGAAAUUUGUGAUGUUGUAGUACAAAAUGUUCUUAAAAAAAGGAAGUUAGAAGAUGAUGAUGAAGAAGAAGAAGAAGAAGAAGAUACCGAACCACCAGUUACAGCUAGAGAGGCUAAAAAGUGCAUUGAUUUGUUGCAGAAGUUCUUCAUGCAAGAGGGUAACGAAAAUAGUCCGUCCGAUAAGCUUGAAGCGUGUGCCCAUUUUGUCAACCAGAUCCACACUAAACAGCUUAGACAACGAACAAUUACAACGUUUUGUAUACCUUCCACAUCCAAAAAUUAA